AUUAGGUAACGCUCUCCUACCUAUUAAGUGACUAGGCGGAAGCAUAUAUAUAAUAACAAGGGUUAAGAUAAUCGAUCUUCAAUCUCAAUUGGAAAGAGCUGCGGUUAUCGGCGUCCAAGAAUUUUUUCUCUCUUGGUCAUAUCGAAGUUCUUCAGGAUAAGAUUAUCGCGGCGAUUUGACAACGUUCACUAUUAGCAAAAUAGCACAUUAAUUCUCUAGUCGAUUCAGCUCUCCUCUUUCUUUUCCUCUCCCUUCCCAGGACUUUCGACGCUGAGCCCGAGGCAGCUCGAUCCUCGUCGCGAUACCACGGCUUAUACAGCCGUGGGGACAUCAAUUGAACGCAUAUACACCUUGUCGUCCGCUAUACCAUCCGAUCAGACACCAUGUUGCCGGUGCGCGCAGUACGAGCCGCCGUCCGGGCUGGCUCUCGCAGAGUUUCUCCUCGAGUGACACGUCUGUCUCCGGCGAUCGCCAGAAGCCUACCACGAACCCAACGAACCGCAUACUCUUCAUCUGCACGAGCAUACGACUCUACCACCCGUGCUGCAGUCAUUCAAGUUCUGAACAAUGUCGGUUCGAAGAGGGAGGUUCAGCAGUACCUCUCCCACUUUUCCUCCGUCUCUUCUCAGCAAUUCGCUGUCAUCAAGGUCGGCGGCGCUAUUUUGACCGACUACCUAGACGAGCUCUGCUCCUCGCUGUCAUUCUUAUACCAUGUUGGACUUUACCCUAUCAUCGUCCAUGGGGCUGGCCCACAACUGAACAAGCUCCUCGAGGAUGCUGGUGUCGAACCUGAGUUCGAGGAAGGAAUUCGUAUUACCGACGGUAAAACCCUAGGUAUUGCAAGGCGACUCUUCUUGGCGGAGAAUUUGAAGCUCGUCCAGCGCCUAGAAGAAAUGGGUGUCCGCGCUCGACCGAUCACCUCCAGCGUCUUCACCGCCGACUACCUCAACAAGGAUAAAUGGAAGUUCGUAGGCAAGAUCACCGACGUCAACAAAGAGCCAAUUCAGACCGCCAUUGAAAACGGUUACCUUCCUAUUCUCACCUCCAUGGCCGAGACAAGGGAGGGCCAAGUAUUGAACGUCAAUGCUGACGUCGCUGCCGGAGAACUGGCUCGAGAAUUCGAGCCGUUGAAGGUAGUCUAUCUUAGUGAGAAGGGUGGUUUGUUUGACGGAAACGUGCAAAAGAUCUCAGCUAUCAAUCUUGAUGAAGAAUUCGACCACAUCAUGUCACAACCCUGGUGCAAGUUUGGAACCCGAUUAAAGAUUCGGGAGAUUAAGGAACUUCUAGAGACUCUUCCGCGCUCAUCUAGCGUUGCCAUCAUACAUCCUGCCGACUUACAGAAGGAAUUAUUUACGGAUUCGGGAGCCGGUACCCUUAUUCGCCGUGGAGACAAGCUGAUGACUGCGGAGAGUGUUGCGGACUUUAACGAUCUUGGCAAACUUAAGGAUGUGCUUGUGCGAGAUCGUGAAGUCCGGGACGCUAGGGCAACCGUAGAUCGAUAUCUGGACUUCUUACAGGGGCGAAAGUUCAAGGCGUACUUCGAUGAGCCUAUGAAGGCCCUAGCAGUCGUCCUCGACCCAGCCCCGGAUCAGUCUUAUUCGACCUUGGCUACCUUGACAAUCACUAAGUCAGGUUGGUUGACGAACGUUGCUGACAACCUCUUCGCCGCGAUUAAAAAGGAAUAUCCUAGCUUGGUAUGGACCGUGAAGGCAGACGAUGAAAAUCUCACUUGGUUCUUUGCCAAGGCAGACGGUAGCAUUGUCAGGGGCAAUGAUGUCAUGUUCUGGUAUGGAAUUGAGCCCGGAGAGGAGCUGAAUAAGCUCAUGAGCGAGUUUACCCUUCACGGCCGAGCAAUGCUAGGUGAUUCUAACUUAGAGUCCCGACUUCACCGAGCAGCUCAGAUUGCUUCUGAGAACCUACGGGCUCACUUUGCGUCCGGGUCCGUAGCCAACCAAGCACGGGGCUACUCGACCCUCGCCCGCCGCCCUGUGUUAGGGGCUACUCCUAAGAGUGCAUUCUCACACAUGCCCCGCAGAGGCUUUGCAACCGAAACCAACCCCAACCCCCCUUAUGGCAAAAAGCACGCGUCGAAUACCCAGCCCUCGAGAGUCGCAUUGAUCGGUGCACGGGGCUAUACCGGACAGAACUUGAUCAGUCUCAUUAACUCACAUCCUAAUUUUGAGCUUCGACAUGUAUCGUCACGGGAAUUAGAGGGGAAGAAGCUAGAAGGGUAUAGCAAGAAGGAUAUUAUCUACGAGAACUUGAGCUUCGACGAUGUUUACGAUAUGGAGAAGAAGGGUAAGAUAGACGUGUGGGUGAUGGCACUACCGAACGGUGUUUGCAAGCCGUUUGUCGAUGCCAUCAACAAGGCCAAGGACGAGACCUCUUCUCGCGAAGAUAAAAGUGUGAUCGUAGAUCUUUCGGCGGAUUACAGAUUCGACAAGUCGUGGACCUACGGUCUUCCUGAGUUGGUUAAGCGAUCGCAGAUUGCUCAAGCUACCCAUAUCUCGAAUCCCGGUUGCUACGCCACAGCCGCGCAGCUCGGCAUUUCGCCGCUUGUGGGGCAUCUGGGUGGCCAGCCUACCGUCUUCGGUGUUAGUGGCUACUCGGGGGCUGGCACGAAGCCUUCGCCGAAGAACAAUGUGGAGAAUCUGACGAAUAACAUCAUCCCUUAUAGCUUGACGGACCAUGUCCACGAGAAGGAGAUAAGCUCUCAACUUGGUGUCGAUGUCGGGUUUAUCCCGCACGUCGCGGUAUGGUUCCAGGGUAUUCAUCACACUAUCAACAUCCCCCUCAACAAGACGAUGACUUCGCGAGAUAUUAGACAGAUGUACCAAGAUCGGUACGCGGGCGAGAAGCUGGUUAAAGUGGUGGGGGAAGCACCGCUGGUAAAGGCGAUUAGCGGAAAGCAUGGCGUUGAGAUUGGCGGUUUUGCUGUUCACAGUUCUGGAAAGCGGGUGGUUAUUUGCGUGACGAUCGACAAUCUACUAAAGGGAGCGGCGACACAAUGCUUGCAAAACAUGAACUUGGCUCGUGGGUACGCGGAGUUCGAGGGUAUUCCUCCAAUGAAUUAGACAGGGGAUUUUCCUUCAUUCCGGUGUUUUUUUCUUUUCGGGGUCUGAUGCUGGGGGCUUUUAAAAGAGGACUUGUAUAUACCUAUGUGACAAGUAGGCGGGAGUCUUUAUGAUGUGCUAUAAAAGAUGUCCAUAAAAGCUUACCGGACUUGAUACGUG